GGAGGGCGCAGAGAAGGGUGUCGAAAGAAACGUCGCGAUCUCCCGUGCAUUCAUUCGUUCGUUCAUCACCCAGGCGGGAGUUCUGACGACCACGACCAGGUAGGCCACCAGUAGCCUCUGCCCCAGGAAGGCUUGGAGAUGGCAGUUUCCCCAAAGUCGUGUCUACUCUUCCUCACUCUCUUCCAGCUGUCCAAGCCAGAUUCGGCCCGCUUUGACGUGAUUGGACCCGCGGAGCCCGUCGUGGCGGCGGUGGGGGCAGACGUGGAGCUGCCCUGCCACCUGUCCCCGAACGUGAGCGCCGAGCGCAUGGAGCUGCGCUGGUUCCGCGGGCAGGCGGCGGCCGCGGUGCUGGUGCGCAGGGACGGGCGCGAGCAGGAGGCCGAGCAGGGGGCCCAGUACCGCGGCCGGGCCUCGCUCGUGGACGCCGACAUCGCGGCCGGGCGCGUGGCCGUGAGGCUACACCGGGUGAGGGCCUCGGACGACGGCGAGUACCGCUGCUCCUUCCGGCAGGACGCAAGCUACGAGGAGGCCAGCGUGCACCUGCAGGUGGCCGCUCUGGGCUCCGAUCCUUACAUCCGUAUGGAAGUUCAAGAAAGUGGAGAGGUCCGGCUGGAGUGUACCUCAGUAGGAUGGUACCCAGAACCCCAGAUACAGUGGAGAACUUCCGAGGGAGAAAAGUUUUCAUCCACAUCAGAGUCUAGGAAUCCUGAUGAAGAAGGCCUGUUCAGUGUGGCUGCUUCAGUGGUCAUCAGAGACCCCUCCAUGAAGAAUGUAACCUGCUAUAUCCAGAACCUCCUUCUUGGCCAGCAGAAGGAAGUAGACAUUUCGAUACCAGCUCCCUUCUUCCCAAGAUUGACUCCCUGGAUGGUGGCAGUGGCUGUCAUCCUGAUGGUUCUGGGACUUCUCACAAUUGGGUCCAUAGUUUGUACUUGGAGACUAUACAAGGAAAGAUCUAGACACAGAAAGGAUGAAUUCAGCUCUAAGGAGAAACUCCUGGAAGAGCUCAAAUGGAAAAAGGCUACACUGCACAGAGUUGAUGUGACUCUGGAUCCAGACACCGCCCACCCCCACCUCUCUUUGUCUGAGGAUUCAAAGUCUGUCCGACUGGAAGAUUCACGUCAAGAACUGCCUGAGAAACCAGAGAGAUUUGACUCCUGGCCUUGUGUGUUAGGUUGUGAGACCUUCACGUCAGGGCGACAUUUCUGGGAGGUAGAGGUGGGAGACAGGGCUGACUGGGCAGUCGGCGUAUGUAGGGAGAAUGUGGUGAAGAAAGGGUUUGACCCCAUGACUCCUGAGAAUGGGUUCUGGGCUGUGGAGUUGUAUGGGAAUGGGUACUGGGCCCUCACCCCACGGCGGACCCCUCUCCCAUUGGUAGGACCCCCCCGUCGGGUGGGGAUUUUCCUGGACUAUGAAUCAGGAGACAUCUCCUUCUACAAUAUGACUGAUGGGUCCCCUAUUUAUGCUUUCUCCAAUGCCUCCUUCUCUGGUCCCCUCCAGCCUUUCUUCUGCCUGUGGUCCUGUGGUAAAAAGCCCCUGACCAUCUGCCCAAUCACUGAUGGGCCUGAGAGAGUCACAGUGGUUGCUGAUGCCAAGGACUUCACUAAGGAGAUCCCGCUGUCCCCCAUGGGGCAGGACUCUGCCUCUGGGGAUACAGACACCCUCCAUUCUAAGCUAAUCCCCACCCAGCCCAGCCAAAGGGCACUUUAAGGAAUAUCCCAGCCAGACUGCUUUCCUUUGCCCUAAGGCCUUCCCUCCAUGCCUCUGAAGCACCACCUGCCAGCUUCUCCAUUUCUUCAUGUUGGGUAGGGAUCAGUUGGUCUUGGGGAGGUUGUGCUGCUGCUGCUGCUGCUGGAGAGUGUGGGGUGUGGGACCUUCCUCAUCUGUUUCUGUACUGAUGCUCAGGGGGCAGGGAGGUGACUCUGAAGCUCCUUCCAGUGUUCUCCUAUCCCCAGAGGCCAAAUCCUAAAGGGAGGGAUAGCUCGGCAAUAAGAUGGGGGUUGGGUUGGCAUGGGGUUAUGACAGAAACAUCUGGGUGUCCAGAAUAGGGAUGUGUAGAGGAACAUGCUUUAGGCAAGCAGGAAACCCAAAAGGUUCUGGGAAGAGAAGAUCCAAGGUUGAAAUCCCAUAAAGUAACUUGUGAGGGGGGGGACAUCCCAAAGGAGGACAGUGAGGGGAACCCAGGCCAAGGAUGAACACCUGGCCCACUUCUAGAGUUUCUGGGCUUGUAUCUCCAGUUCCCUAAGACACACCCUCCAGAGUGGAGACCACUGGCACUACUUCUGUGGGAUCUGAGCAGUUGGCCUGGGGGCCUAGAGAAGGGAUGAAAUGAGCAGGGCUGGGGGCCAGACUGAACAUUUGAUCCAGGAGAAAACUUCAGACAAAAGCCAGGCUGCAAGCAUUGCCAUACCCCAGAUCCUGCUUUCCUCUCUGCUGUCUCCUGUUUGCCUCUCACCCAGGGGUCAUUCCAGUCUCACUUUGUGGACUCCACACACAUUUUCAGCUCUCUCCUUCCUUUUGAUUUAGAAUCUGUCCAUCUCAGAGGCUUUACAGGAAUCCACCUGAGUGACUGCACCCCUUUAUCAGCCAGGGUCAGCCUCAGGGCCCCUCGGCCCUCAUCCCAACAUCUGGUUUAAACCCCUCAGACUCGGAACCUGCGUGGCUCAGUUGGUUUGGUGUUGGCCUUUGGCUCAGUUCCUGGUUCUGGGGUCCUGGGAUCGAGUCCCACAUGGGGCCCCCUGGUCGGUGGGAGCCUGCUUGCCCCUCCCCCCUGCUCGUGCUCUCUAUCUCAGUCAAUUAAAUAAACACAUAAAUCUUAAAAAAAAAAAAAAAAGACCCCAAAUGUACCUUCAAUUUGCUCCCCUGCAGUCCAUGGCCACCCCAGGCCAGCAUUCAGUCUCCCCACCCACCAUCCCUGUGCACUGUCCCCUGGGUCCCCAGAUGCCUUGUCCCUGUGCUCAGCACAGCUAGGCUGACCACACCUGUUCAUGUCUGCAUUUUCCUGUAGACAUGUAGCUUAUCAUGCCAAUGGACUGCUUACACCUUCCAUUUCCAUUGUGUUUUUCCAGUUUCCAGAAGAGAGGUCACCCAUGGUUUUAGCCUAAUAAGUCUGUUGAUUGCUGAAAGUGGCAUCUGCACAUUUUCUUUACCUCAAUGAGUAGAACUGAAACAAAAACAGGAAAGAAACUGCAUGUGUAAAGAAAGAAAGAAAGAAAAAGAAAGAAAGAAAGAAAAGAAAGAAAGAAACUGCAUGCGAAUGCAGCUGACUGGACAGAGCAGCGUGCGUUUCUGUUUCCAAGACUCCUCUGCAGGCCUGAUGGCAGUGGGCUGGCAGGGGUAGGCAGGCACUAGGGGCUGCUGUCCCCUUAGCCUCUAGCUGCUUACAGAAAGGCCGGAGUACCCGUGGCUGCUGACUUGUAGCCUCUGUUUGGGAGGUGACUCCAUGUCUACUACUAAAAAGGUAAUUGACUCCUGGUAUAGGUGAGUGAGGCCACCUCUUCAGAUGUUAACAGUACUCCUCCAGGAGGAGGAAAGAUUUGGGAAAUUUUUAAUGGUAAUGCCUUGUAAUUGGAAAACCAGAAACACUUGGGUGAUCUUUAGAAACCACUCUUCCAGAGGGGAAGCCCUAUGGUUUCCUAUUUCAAGACCCUUGUCGUUCAGUAAGAUGCCCACUUUCCCCUGUGUGGUCCCAAGCAAGGAUCGAAAAGGGUCUCCUUCACAGAAGGCCUGACCUUAAUGCAAUUCAAGCAUCUCCACAGCCCAAAGGGGCAGACUGUGAGUCUCCAAAGGUCCACCAAAUGGUGGGAGACCAUAUCACCUGAUAUGUGUGUCGCCUGCCAAGAAAUCAUCAAAAUCAGAUCUAUUACAGAUCCAACAACAAGAAAGCCAGCUUCCGAAUUAUGUUCACACUGGACAUAUUAUUUCCAUCAUUAUACCACAUGACAUAUCUCAUGAGUAAGCUAAGAACCAAUUUUUCUUCAUUUUCAGUCUACUAACUACCCUCAUAGAGGACUGUGACAAAGUAAAGCCCAACAUUGUCUCUUAGGGGGCGAUUCUGAACACCAGACAGGCCUAUUAUCAUCACAUUCACUGUGUAUCGUGACAUACGACAUUGUCAACAACUCUCUAUUACUCAUCUUUGUUACUAUCAGCCUGGAGACCCCAACCCCUUUAUGAAUACACAUAAAGGCUUGUAUAUCAGGAGACCCACACAGGUGUUAUUUGGGGAUUUCAGAGAUAAACUGAAGCCAGGAGACAUAAAGAUAUCUAAUUAAAGCAUAUAGUCUGUGUCCAAGCUAGGAUCUGAAAGCGAGUGUCCUUGUUCUCUCUCUGUUUAGGACAUAUUCCACAGAACAAACCACGAUUGAGUAGCAAGACUAGAGACUUAGAGAGAUUACCAAGGUGGGAUCCAUUGAUUGGGUGAGUCUUAGGCAUGAAGAAGGUCAGGAGAAGAAAAAAAGCAAUGAAAUGUGCCACCUUUUAUUCGGACGAAGAGCAGGGACCUGGAGAACCAGAUAGAAAGGGCCCCUUCAUCAUUUCAUGGAUCCUCAACACCCAGUGUCUUCCUUUCCAUUGGAACCCCUACCUCAAACACUUCUCACCACAUUGUCCACCUCAUGCCAUGCCCCACACCUCAAUACCCUUGGGAGAAGAACAUUAUUUAUCACGGUUUUAAGUAUUCAUUUGUGUUCAAAUUAUACUUCUAGAAAGUCAAAGAAAAACAAAGUCCAAAGUUCUUUAAAAAUAUUUGGGAACCUUAGGCAGUUGCUCUGCUGGCUUAAUGUAUAACGUGUAUCCUGAAAUGUUUAUGUGAAAUCUCACUCAUAAUAGACAGGGCUGUCACAAGAACCCCUCUCUGAGAAUAGAAAGACAUCAUAGGUUUUAAUCAGUUCUGUGACUCCUCUCCCCUUCCUCCUAAUCCUUGACCUCCCCAUGAUCCAUGAUUUCCCUGACCACUCAAGGAAAAUGGUCACCAGGUACAGUACUGAGCUGACAGUAGAUUCUUAGGAAACAUUUGUGUCCUUCCUUUAAACUCACCCACUCCACCCCCAGCUCUCACCUCUUUGCCUGAGACACCUCUAAGGAAGAACUUAUCUGAUGAACCUCCAGGCUCUCUCCAACUGGCACCAGCUACCAGUGCCUAGAGGAAACAAUCAGUCUUGGUAGUCCUGGCUUUAUUUCUGAAUUUUCUAAAAGAGAUGACAUCGGGUAUUGCUAGACCUCUAUAACCCAAAAAGUUUAUCUGUAUCCUUGAGAGAUUAUAUUUGUCUUCACAAAACGCUUACAUACAGCCUCCUCCUGUACAACCACUCCAAUAAUCGGAUUUUAAUAUUCUCUACAGAUUAUUUCCAUCUUUUCUCCUGGACAGGUGGGCUCUGGCAUUUCAGGUACCAGGGGACACCUUCCUUUGGUUAUAGUCAUCCCUGGCUAUCUCCAAUGAUUCAUAUCCAGACAUCCCAGUGCACGUGGGUUCACAUAUACGGAGCCUAUGAACAUCCAUCAUAAAUUGUGCUUUGGACUCUGGCACUCUAGGAUUCACAAAUAUUUUGGGCCAGAGGCCUGUACCACAGAGGUCUGAACAUUCUUUUGAAUGUGGUUCCUCCACUUUACCCUUAAAAGAAAGAUUCAGCCUGUUUCUAAAGCUCCUAAAAUAAUGACUCAAAAGUGGGUUCACAGGAGAAUCACCUAGGGGUGGAGGGGAAUUCUUAACAAAUACAAUUCCCAGGUGGAACUCUCAGGUCUGAGGUGGGGAGGAUGUUGGCAAUAGCUACAUGCUUUCACAUGUCACCUCCUGCUACCGGCAGAGCAGUGGAUCUGUUAAGAAUUACAGGUUGCGCCCCUCGGACCCACUGCGCGACGGAUCCACCCGCGGAAGAGCCUGCCCAGCACCUGCGAAACCUCUGGUUCCUCCAGCGUCACCGCGAUGAAGAAAGUGGUUCAGCAGCUCCG